AUGUCGGAUCUAGUCGAGCCUGAUUUAAUCGAGAACGACCGUUCUCAGUCGCCGUUCUGGCCUGAAAGCAAUGCCUCCCCUAAUCUCGACGGUUACAACAUAGACCUUAACGCCAGGGCAGGCGAAAGCACUCGCGGGACGCUGGACGAGCCCGUGUUCCAGACACUGAAACGGGACGUGCUGCAGAUUAACACACGGCUCAAACAAGUGGUCUACCCGCACUUCCCGCUCCCGGGGCGCAACGCCGAUACUUCAGAAAUUUCAGACCCCGCUGCUAUCGUGGGCAACAAUUGCACAGACCUCUGGGCGCCACUCGUAUUUACGAUCCUGUACGCAGUGGCCCUUUCCCGGACCUCUGACCGCUUUUCCGGGUCUUUCAUUCUUUCCUGGGCGGCAAUUAUCGCCAUGGCAAUUCAUUUGACCGUCACGCGUUCUGAAUCGGUGUCCAACGGGCCUGUCCUGACCUACGUGUCCUCUGCAGGAUACUGCCUGUUUCCUCAAGUUUUGAACGCGGUGCUGAGCGCCGUGCUUUUUCCACUCGCGACUGCUGCGAUUCCUAACCACGCGUGGAAGGUCCGCGUCCUGGUCCUUUUGCGGCUUUUUUCAUUCGUGACCUGCUCUUUUUGGGCAUGCCGCUCGUCUUUCAAGGCCACAGCUGCCAGCGGGCGCACUGAACGUUUCCCUCUGCUGCUUCUCCAGCUGACCCUUGGUUGGGCAUGCAUGGUCACGUGA